UCGGCACUUCGGCAGUCACAGCACGUUUAAGAAAAUCUCGGAUAACAAAGAACGGAGGGAGUAGAGGAGGAGCAUCGAUGAGGGCUAACCCGCAAAUAUAACAGCUUCACCAUGCCCACUAUAUACUCAGGUAUAAGUUGUACAGCGCGACCCCACGGGACUUUACGAAAGCUGCGAUCGCUAUGAACAGGUUGACACGGGUAUAGGCGUAUAGGCAUACCUGCUGCACGAUAGGUACUUACGCUAUAUGUAUAAGUAUUUGCGAACUACAAACGUUUUUUCUUUAGAAGUCUUACGGAAAAUUCUGGUAAGAACUGGUAGGAAUUGUACGUUUGUACGUUGAUACGAGGGUAACAGGACUGUAUCGCACAUGUUUCAUACAUAUUGUAUGAAAAAUCUUCGACAGUUAUUGUUCCGAAUUGUCUCGUCGAGUGAUUUGUAUAUUGAUUGUAGUUGUGUCUGCAUAAUACACCAACUACAAGACACACAAAGUCCAUCAGUCAAGAAACGCUGCAUAGCUCACCUAAAGUCAUCAAUACCAUUCAAAUGAGAAGGAAUCUUUGUUGAACGUUGUCAUUUAUACUGCAUUAGGUUGCAUGUUUAAUGUUUUCUUUAUCAUGAGGCAUUGCGAUAAUUAAGCUGAUAGAUAUCGAGCCAACAUUAUUACUAUUCAUCCAGAAGUUGCCACUACUGUUUGCAGAACUGGUGAUAACAUCAUAACGAAGACUUUAAUUUGGUAAUUUAGUCAUCUAAUCCAGAUUUUUCCGAGAUGCUAUUCUUUCUUCCUUUAAGAGGAUUAUCAAGAGAGAGAAAGAGAGACAAAGAGAAUCGUAAGAUCAAAUAUUUGUUAAUGUACUACAAUUGGCAGUAGUUUUGAUCACUUCUACGUAUGAUCGAAGCAGCAACAAGAAAAGUGUUGCUGAUUUACAUUUGUCUAAUAAUCUGCGCUAACGGCACACCCUGCCUCUUGACGCCCUACUUAAGUGACCACAAGGAUUGUUCACUGUAACAGGUCCCAUAAACAGGCACUUUAUUCACUUGAAAAAGCAAGAGCAGCAGUUUAUUAAUACAGGUACAUAUCCUAAAGCGGAUUUAUAGUAUCAUCAGUUUGGACUGACUGCAGGCGUUCCUAUUGUCAAUGAGUGAAUUCUAUGUACAUGAUCCAACUUAUAACCCGACAUUCCAUCGUCAAGCAAGUUGAUGUUGUACGUCAACUAUUCAUGUUCUUAUAAGCGACACGAAUAAACGCAAGAAUUGUUCAUUGCAACAGGCCUAGUAUCGGCAGCUUCAUUACUUCGAAAAGCAAGAGCGAAACUUUAAAACUGGUAUUUGGUUUUAAUUCUUUAAAAUGCCAAGAAAGUGUUAUGGCAAACCUUAUACGACAAGGCAUAUCCGCCGACAAAUCAGUGAAAGAAGAGCAUCUAUAAUGAAAGAUGUAAAUGCUCAAUUUUUACAAUAUCUUGACUUAGCCUGCCAAACCUUUGAAAAUGAUUGCGAAGAAAACGAAGAACAUAAUAAAAAUGUGAAUAAUACGGAUACUUAUGCAGAUGAUAUGAAUUUUGAAGCAUGUAUAAAUAUCUGUACACAAAAAGAUAAUACUGCAAGUUUAUAUUGUAAGCAAUUAAGUGUAGAAAAAUUCAAUGAAUAUGAUGUUUGCUCACAAAAGUCUCACAAUGUACAUAAUAGUAAUACUUUAUCUACUGGUAUCAAUGAAAUGCAGCAAAGUGAUUUUGGAGAAUCUGCAAAAGAAAGAACAGAGGCAAAAAUGCAUAGUGUUGAUCCAUUUAUGCUUUUCCUACAGAAUAUUAAUGACAGUGAAAUAAGUAGUGACUCAGAAAGUGAUUCACAAGAGACUGACAGUUUAUCUGAUAACAAUGGAAAAGAUGCCAAAUUUGUUGAUUCUCUUCGAAAUUUCUGUUUGAAGUACAUCCAUACUAUACCUCACGUUGCGGUCAAUGACCUAUUACAUAUCUUGAGGGAAAAUACAAAUACAUAUUUCCCAAAAGACGCUCGUAGUCUAUUGAAAACGCCAAGAUUUACGGAACUACAUCAAAUGAAUAAUGGACAGUAUUGCCAUUAUGGAUUAAAACGUGCCAUUACUAUUUUUGUGCUGAAUUUUAUAGAAAAAAAUAUAAACGUUGAUUCAAUACAAUUGCUUGUCAACAUCGAUGGUGCUCCUUUAGCCACAUCCUCCGAAAAAGGGCUAUGGAUUAUUUCAUGCUCGGAAACAGUAUUGAACGAUGUCGAAUUAGUUGGCAUCUAUCACGGAGAAGAUAAGCCUCCCGACAGCAACACUUUAGUCAAAAUGUUUGUGGACGAAUUAAUACUUUUAUGUAAUCAUGGUUUCGAGUGUGAUAGCAAAGUAUAUAAAAUCACAUUACGAGCCCUCAUAUGUGACGCCCCAGCAAAAGCUUAUAUCUUAAAAGUGAAAUAUCACACAGGAUAUUGCAGUUGUACAAAGUGUCAGAAAGAAGGUGAAUGGCUAAAUAAAAUUUGUUUUCCUGGUGAUAUUGCUACUUUAAGAACAGAUCAAGAUUUUAGAGAUUAUAAGUAUGUGGAUGAAGAGUAUCAACGUGAACGAACCAUUCUAGCUGACAUUCCGAAUUUCGGAUUGGUCACAAAUGUUCCGUUAGAUUACAUGCAUCUCGUUUGUUUGGGCGUAACGUUAAAAUUAAUUGAGCAAUGGAUAAGCGGAAGAAGCAAAGUGAAAUUAUCUGAAUAUCAGCGAAAAAUGAUAUCUGACCGAUUAGUGAACCUACAAAAAUAUAUGCCGUCCGACUUUAGCAGAAAGCCGAGAAAAUUUCAAAAUGUUCGACGUUUGUGGAAAGCGCACGAGCUUAGGCAAUUUUUGUUGUACUCAGGGCCCGUAGUACUAUAUAAUAUUUUAGAUGAAAAUGCAUAUUUUAAUUUUUUACUCUUGCACGUGGCUAUAUCAAUAUUAGUUAACCCUAUUCUGUCUUCUAAUGAUUGUUAUUUACAUUAUGCUGAACAGCUUUUGACGAAUUUCGUUAAAAGUUUUCAAGUUUUAUAUGGUGCUAAUAACGUGACGCAUAACGUUCAUAACCUUUUACAUGUCGUUGGAGAUGUAAGAGAGUACGGUUGCUUAGACUCUUUCAGUGCUUUUCGUUUCGAAAAUCACAUCCGAAAAAUAAAGCAAUUAGUAAGAAAAGGGGAUAAACCUUUGCAGCAAAUACAUCGCAGAUUAGGAGAAAUCGUAGCAUGUAAAACAUAUUCAGUGGAUAUAAAUAACAAAACUUCUGUAUUGUCAAAAAAUUAUUAUAAUGGUCCUAUACUUCCAUCUCAUUCACGAGAUAAUCAGUUUCAAAUUUUUAGAAAAAGCUCAUUAUACUUAAAUAUUGCUGAUAGCAAAAGUAAUUGUGUCUUAUUAAAAAAUGGUAUGGUCGUCGAAUGCUUAAAUUUCGUUGAAAACAUAGACAAAAAUCAGUUCAUUAUGGGUAAACCGUUGGAAACAAUCGAUAACUUUUACUCUUAUCCGUUAGAUUCCAGGACUUUAAAUAUUAAAGUAGUGAAAUAUAGCAAUGAAAAUUUACAAUCAUACUCUUGCGGAUCGAUUUUAGCGAAAUUAUGUAAGUUACCGUAUAAUGAAAACUUUGUAGUCUUCCCACUUAUCCAUACCUACAAUUUUGAAGCAAAUUAAUAAUAAUUUUUCAUUAGAGUAUUAUGAUCAUGAAAAUUAGUCAUAUAAUGUAUACAAGCGAUCUGAUACAUGGUAUAAUCGAAAUUUUAUAUUUAAAAUCAAAAUAUUGUUAAUCGUACGUUUUGUAUAUAUUCUGCACUUACUAUAUUAAGACACAAUAUUUUAAAUAAUUAUUGUUGUAGCCUGUUUUUGAGUAAAAGAGAGCCACAUUGUAAUAAUUUUCUGAGGGCAAUCUGAAUGCUGCUCUCAUAAUCCUUUUAUAAAAUAAAUAAUUGUUAAUCACCUUUUGUUGUACAUCAAAAAGUUGUUUGUAACAAACCUCUAAAUAAAAAUCUAUAAACAUUGA